CCGCGGAACUGUCGUGAGAAUAUUCUGACAAUUCACAACAAACUGUACUCAAAAUGAUUAAUCAAAUGUGUGCGUUUUUAUUCGCUCUCAGUGUGAUUUGUAGUGUGAACCUAGCAGCAUCUAAGAGUAUAUAUGUAUUUCCACCCGAGAAGGCUGAGAUGAUUCUAGAAAAUGCGAUAAAGUGCAUAACUGAAUCUGGCCUCCAGACUUUUGUUGCGCAAGAAAUUAAACAAGGAAAAUACACGGAUGACGAACGAACGCUUGGAGCUUUAGUAUGUGCAAACGAAAAAAUUGGUUAUUCAAAGGAAAGUGGAAGACUUAAUAUAGAUAAAAUUAUGAUCGAUUUGUUUCCUCUCAAACCAGAAAUUCGUUCAGAUCUAGAAGCAUGCAAUAAAGAUUACGGUUUAGAUCCCGUAGGAACGUUCAAAUCUUUCUUAAUAUGUUUCAGAAAAAGAGUACCGUUUAGAGUUGUGUUGUAAUUUUGACAGAAAUCAUAAUUAUUGGUACUAACUGGUAAAAAUAAAAAAAUAUACGUACUAUUUGAUAAAA